UAGUCUCUGCAAUUGAUGCGUUACAAUAUCACUACAGACAAGGAAUAUGAUGUCGUCACCUGUUCCACUGAAAUGCCUUUCCAACAACCACAAAAACGACAAUAAAUGUGGUACCAAACUUGGUGACUUUUCACCGCAACAAUCUCCAACGCCUGAUGCUGUACCGAGCCAAUCUUUGAUGUCUGGUGCAGCACCACUACAAUCUCUCCUGGUACUAGGACGGUCUGCAAUGAAUGAUUUGACUUCUGAAUCAGGGUCCAGCAAUGCUGCUUUGUUCAAGAGCGUGGUUUUACUUGAAAAUCAGAAAAAUUUAGUGCUUCUGAGUGUCAAAGAUGGUUUUUCCUUGUCAGAUUCUGAUCACAUGAGUGAGACGGUGGAUGAAGAGUUGAUGGCAUCGGACAUUGAUGUGGCUGCAGCUAAAGAAGAGAAAUCAAAUAUCUAUUUUCAUCUUCGUAAGAAGAAGUCCGAGGAGGUUCAAGAUCAGGGAAAGGCAACUGGAGGUGGUCGCCACGCGAAUGCUGAUAAGGAGAAGGAGAAGAUGCCGAAGUUCUCAAUGGCUCUUUCUCCGGAAGAGAUAGAAGAGGACAUUUUUGCAAUGACUGGAUCCAAGCCUUCAAGAAAGCCAAAGAGCAGAGGAAAGGCAGUUCAGAGACAGCUUGAUAAUGUGUUUCCUGGUUUGGGGUUGGGGUCAAUAACUCCUAAUAAAUACAAAGUCUAUGAAGCUCCUCCAAAGUCAUUUGAAGGUGGAACUGACCAUAUAUGCGUGGAGAUAAAAGGGAAUUAG